AUGUCGAGUAACUCGAAUAACGCUCCACGGUUAAUUGUAACAAAUACUUCUCUCUAUCAGCAAGUUUAUCCCAAUACAACUACUACUGCAACGACACCAGUAGGUCGUUCAACGAUAGAUGAUUUCCGUGAAAUUGUACGUGAACAAUCAUUUAUAACUCCAACAAACUCAGAUUAUAAUUCAAUCGAUGUUCCUGUAAAAAGAUAUCCUCAAUUACCUGACAUUAACACCUCGAAUAUCUUUAUUAAUGACACAAUCUUUCGUACGGAAGCAGUUCUCACCUCGCCAAAACAAACGAAUCCGAAGAAGCAAGUUUUCAACCACUUCGCUCCUUCGCAACGAGGUGCAUUACCUGCGUUGAAUAAAUCUCAUAUAUUACCCACAAUAUCGAACGUUAUGGACCUUCACGAAGAUCUACCACAAUGUGUCACAGAUACAAAACAUCGUGCUGCAACAUAUACGUCGCCUGGUGAACGCAUAAUCUCACCGAUCAAACGGCCAUCUGCGCCGAUCCCACCGACGAGUGCACAGAUUAAACGACCUGGUCAAACACCAUUUGUCGAUGGUGACGAAGAGCAGGAUGAUGAAUAUUGUUCAGAUUUAGAUGACAACGACAGUCAAUUAUUCGAUGAAAACUUUCGUGCCUAUCAGCAACCGAUUAUUAUGAGUAAUCAACGUAUAGAUCAUUAUGAUAAUAGAAAACGUUCUCUGCAAACGAGAAGCACACAUCCAAUGAUAGUAGUGAAUGAUGACGACACACAUCCAAUGGAUUCGAUCGAUUUCGAACCAUUUACUUAA